UUAUAUAGGAAUAUCACCCCUUCACUUUUCACUAACAUGCUCCGUACGCUAAAACCCAAGCCACCAGGGCCUUCAGAUGACACUCCGCCUGUCGCGCCGCAAGCACCCGGCUCGUCUAUAAAUACGAGAGACUCAGACUCAAAUUCGGGGCCCACGUCCAAGACAUUUCAUCUCCUCCCCCGCAACCCACGUACCAUACGCAAGCUCAACAGGAUCAAAGCUGCCCGUGAAAUGCGUUCAGCAUCAACUAAGAAAGUAAACAAGAGCAAGAGGAAGGAGUCAGGCCCGUCAAGGACUGGAGGUACUACAGCGGAGACUUAUACGCUCGAGCCCUCGCAACAGGAAAGUAUAACCGCCGCACUUUGUUACACCGAUUACUCCGCUACGAACGAUUUGGUUACCGCGGAUAUCGAGAGCUACGGUAAUGCCGAGAUGGAGGAAGAGGAUUCUGAACAACAGUGGUCUGCGCACCUGACGGGUGCGCAUAAUGGAAGGGAUCCAUAUGAAGUGGCGAGUAAACCGUAUCUUGAAGCUGGGCUACCGCCACUGUGGAAGCGGUGCCGAUGGUGUGAAGAAAUCCCUGAGUUGCAGCAGAGUACGGGGGGCUAG